AUGGCGCAACACAACUAUGGGCAGCCAUACUACGACCUUCCCUUCCAGUUUCCCCCUCAGCAGCAAAUGCAACAAAUGCAGCAGUCGAUGGCCCAUGCGCCGCCACCAAACGCGCAAGGCAGCUCUCAGGCAAUGCAGCCCGCACCUGCCCCAAAUGCUUUCUAUAUUCCUGCUGCGUGGCCGCCACCUGAUCCUGCCGCUUUCUUUGCCAUGAUGCAAAGCGCUGCCAUGAAUGGACAACCUCCACCACCCAUUCCUGGCUUCGCUUUCCCUUCACAGUCGUUCCUUCCUCCCAACUCUCAAUACCCCGCGCCACCGAUGCCGUUCCCUCUCCCACACCAGCAACAAAACACAAUGGCAGCUAGUGACCGCAUCCAAGAAGUCAUGGACAGCGACAGAGAAGACGGUGAGGUCAGCGAAAGUGAGGCUGCCUCUCUUGUGCCGAAUGGUAAGGCUUAUGGUCGAACACAUGCCGAACCGCCACGCUCUGCUCCACAGGCGAAGCAGGCGUCGCCACGGAUUGAGGAAGGCUACAAUCCCGACAGACCAGCCGCUGGCCAGAUGAAGGUCAAGGAGCCCGUUCGACGAGCAUCUCCGCAGCUACCUGCCCCGCCACCUGUAGACCCAAUUCAACGCGACCGAGACCAGGCGAAGCAGUUCAUUAAGCUUCUACAUAGCAACAACAUUGGCUAUCGUACACUGGCCAAAGAGCCUCUGGACCUCGAGCAGUUGCAGCCAAACUCGCAAAGCAAGCCGGCGCAGCGAAGAAGCGAUGAGGGCUGGGACAAAGCCGUCCACUCCAGCUGCAACAGCUCCAGCCUCAGUCUCGUCGCCUUUUCAGAAGACAGAGGCAAAAAGAUUGCCGGCUUCGCAUCGUACAAUGCCGGAUUCACCGGAAUACCUGGGCUAUUCAUGCAACCCUCUUCUUCCGUGGAUAACGCGUCUAGACCAUCGCCGUCUGUCCCUCAAAAGCGGCCCGCUCCUGUCGAUUCGACCGAAGCCUCUACGCCGCGCGGCUCUGCGACGCCAUACACCCGACCGUUGGGCGAUUCUCCUCACGCAUACAAUGAAGACCAAAUGAUCAUUGAGGUCAGCGAUGAUGAAUCUAAUGGCAGCGACAUGGAUAUCGACAAUGAUCAGGCACCUCCAUCAACGAGCGUCCAAUUCCCAGGAAUGUUACCCAAGCUGCCAUCUCAGCCAACUUCUGUUCUUCCCGGAUCAUCCGCUGCCAGCACGCCCGGACCGCCAACUCCAGCUACACAGGCCCGAGAGAAAGAAUUGAAGAGGAAGGAAGACCAGCUGGCAGCUAUGAAGGAGACACUCAAGAAAAAGCUUGCUGAAAAAAGGGCAAAAGACAAGGCUGCAGCUGCGGCAUCCUCCCCAGCACCUCAAAGCGCUUCGUCAGAGCAGAAUGGCAUUGCCACGAGUCACCAAAAACACAGCAAUCAGCUUGUCCAACCUCCUCUGAACGUGCUCACCACCGCUCCCGGUGACACCAUGCAGGACACGAACGAGCUUUCUAGAGAUGUGAAGCGACGUCGCAGAGACGAGAUUGUGUCGAAGCUACCUGUUUUCGAUGUUGAGCUUGCUUCCAAUACCAGUAGAAUCGCAGAAUUGAUGAGGGAAAUGGAGGUGUUGAGGGCGCAAAGUCAGAAACUUGCCGAAGAUAAGGAGCGGCUCACACGUGAGCUAGAGAGCAUCGGGGUCGACACCGAAGGUAUGUCGCACGAUGAAAUGCGCGCCAAAAAGGAUGAGAUCGAGCACGAAAUGCCAUCCGAACGCGAAUCCAUGGCUGCAAAUGCAGGUACUGUCUUUGCCCCUCCGACCAAUGCUCCAGUCUCCGCCUCUUCAGGUCCUGUUGCUGAGGGACAAGACAUGGUUCAUACUAGUUCAGUAUCUGAAUAUCCAGUAUCAUCGGGGCAGGGAGAGGCUGCUGCACAGGUUGCUCUUCUUCCUGGCUUAGGUCAGACUUCUCAGUUGAAGGUCAACAGUGCAGUGGCACCUGCCCAGGCUUCAACUGUUGACCGCGUCGCAACUGUGGAGACUGCUGGUUCCGUCAUCGACGCAUCACAGUUCUCACAUAAUGUGUCUGGGCUUGAGGAUCCAGCGGCUGCAACCACUCAGCUGAUGGCUUCGGAUAAGGCUACAGUGGAGCCUGAGCAGCAAGUGAACAAUGGUGCAACUCCACUCGAUGAGGACGACUUCUACUCUCCAGCACCAGCAACUGAGCCUGGCCAGGGGGAGAGUCUAGUCCAGGAUCUACCCCAAACAUAUUCCGAAGCUCAAGCUCUGGACGCCCCCUCUCCGUCUGAAGAAGGGGAGGUCGAGAUGUCGGUUUCUUCCGAGGAUGAAGAAGAGGAGUAUGAGCCUGAUGAGCUCGUGGUCACCGAAGAGACCAUUGACCAGAGUGCUCAGCUUCCAGGACCAGAGGCAGCGCAAUCUGUGGCAUCUAAUGACGUCUCUACCGAGGACGAAGAAGCUUAUGAGCCUCCUGAUAUUGAUGAGGCAAUGCCCGAUGUGCAAGCUGAUGUUUCUGUCCCAGAAACUGACUCGGUCGAAGCUGGUGUCGAAGCUGAUAUAGAAGCGGAAGAUGGUGAAAUGGACAUAGCUUCCUCAUCUGAGGAUGACUCAGACUCAGAUUCAGACUCGGAAUCAGAGUCCGACGGAGAGAUUGCCGAAGAGUCUGCAAACGACAAGACCAUUUCAGCAAGCAAUGCAGGGCUGCAGACCAUUAACGUUGCUGACGAUCUAGCUCCAGAGUUGCAGCCUGAGAAUGCAUCGCAACACGUACCUAACCGGGAAAAGGCAUCUGCCGCUCAUGAGGAGGUAGAAGCGGCCAAGUUCACCCCUUACGAGAGUCCACUUCGCAUGUUCAAGUCGUAUCGUUACCAUCCAAACUUUACGAACGAUGUCACUGGCGGCUUUAUGUCCUCCACAUUCAGCCAUCAGAUCGACCCCAAGAAAGCUCUCUGUCAGUACGAAACUGCAGGAGGUUCUUGUAACGACAAAGACUGCCCCGAUCAGCACUUUCGAGAUUUGGGCAUCACUGGUGAGACGCUACUAGUUCAGCUUGGUACUGCCAAUCCAGGGAAGACCCAGGAAGAGAAGCAACAGUGGAACGACGGUCUUCGUAGCGUUUUAAACGACCUUCGCAAGAGGCGUAUCAAAGACCCCAGUGGCAUCGCUGCUGAGAUCACAAAAUACCGUCGCGAGUUCUUGAACGACGACACUCGAGUGGUCAACCUUUGA